GAUGGAAACCUAUAAGUCAUACCAAUCUUCUAUCAUCAGAAGCCAAUUUACCACACCUUCUUUCCCUCCUCCUACCUUCUCGAUCAAUUCAUUCUGGAGCACAAAGUUCUGCCUCAACUCAGACAAUCAGAGGCACCUGCUGAUCAUCCUCCCACUCACUCGCACUUGCGCUUUCACUGCUAUCUCCAAUCUCCGUAUCUCGAAUCGCGCCCGCAAUCUUUGGGAUCUUCUCAAGUGGUGGCCUCUGCAUGCCUCCAAAAGUAGAUUGCUUUUCGAAACUCCCGCUUACACCACCGUCUUUUUUAUGACAGCUCUCGUUGUCACCCCCACUCUCGCUAUCGCUGGAUACAGGCUGCGAGUCGAUACCCAAGCCCUUCCCAUCUUCAAAGUCAAGGCCCAAGUCUAG